GAAAAUCAUACAACGUUAUCCAAUCACUGCGAAGCAGACUACAGGAAUCACAAGAGAAUUGUGAAGGAAAAGGAAAACCAAAAUCAUUUCCCCGUAAAAUUUUAUCGAACUUUCAAAUUGUGCUGUUCAUUGAGUAAUUGCAAUCAUUAUUCUUUCGCCUUUUUUUCUUUUCAUUCAUUUUCCCUCUCGAAUGGCCCUUUCAAAUCGCCUUGUAUCCUCUUUCGGAGCCAUCUCUUCACCUUCUCUCUGUUUCUUAAAACCCAAAAAUUGUCAAAAGAAUAGUUCAGUAGUUAUGGGAUUUCGAAGCUCAUAUCGGCCUCUUAUAGUCAAUUGUACUUCUGAUGAAAUGGAACCCACCUCAGAACCCAUGAAUUUGAGGCCACCUCAGUUUUCUUCUAUGUCUAUGCCUCCUUUUGGCAUCUCAAUGAAUGAUAAUGGCACAUCCAAACCAUCAUACAAAUGGCGCAGGGUAUUGCUUAAAGUAAGCGGAGAGGCACUUGCAGGAGAUCAAAAACAAAAUAUUGAUCCGAAGAUCACAAUGGCUAUUGCAAGGGAGGUUGCAUCUGUGACUCGUCUUGGAAUUGAGGUUGCCAUAGUUGUUGGUGGAGGAAAUAUUUUUCGUGGAUCUUCCUGGGCAGGAUGUAGUGGCCUUGACCGUUCAUCUGCUGAUUAUAUUGGGAUGUUAGCAACUGUAAUGAAUGCCAUAUUUUUACAAGCAACAAUGGAGAGCAUAGGCAUUCCAACAAGAGUUCAGACAGCAUUUCGUAUGUCGGAAGUUGCUGAACCAUACAUACGUAGAAGGGCUGUUCGGCAUCUAGAAAAAGGAAGGGUUGUGAUUUUUGCAGCAGGAACUGGAAAUGCCUUCUUCACAACAGAUACUGCUGCAGCCCUUCGGAGUGCAGAAAUUAAUGCUGAGGUGGUCCUAAAGGCUACAAAUGUUGAUGUAGUUUAUGAUGACGACCCAAGGCGUAAUCCUAAUGCUCGUCUCCUCGAGACUCUAACUUAUCACGAUGUAACUUCGAAGGAACUUUCAGUUAUGGACAUGACUGCCAUAACUUUGUGCCAAGAGAACAACAUUCCUGUUGUCGUCUUUAAUCUCAACAAACCGGGGAACAUCUCGAAAGCAAUUAGGGGAGAGAGGGUUGGUACAUUUAUUGGAGGGACACGGAAUUCGGUAACAGCAAGGGCUUGAAGAAAACACAUAUCAUACUUCGACCAUCAUCGAAGCUCAUCGAUUUCGAUCCGAGACCAUCCUGAAGUUUUUAUGCGACAGAGGAAGGUGGUUCAAGAACUUGUUCUUGAUUUAUUUUGGACUUCAGGAAUAGGUACUUAACAAGCCUCAAUUUUCAGAUAUCUAUUUUCAUAGACUGUAAUAUAAACCUUGAUGCUUUUAUUUUGCUCAAUUGACAGGACAUUGGGAAAUUUUAUGUACUUUCUUCCAUUGGUUAUUCAUUUACAUUGAAUAUCAUGUAAAAAUUUAUAGAAACAAUUUAUUUUCAUGCAAAUUUCUUGCUUACUCA